CACAAACCACCACGGUAAAGCCCAACAGAACCCAAUAUGUUCGGUCUUUCAAGCCAAUCUGAAACCUUCAAUUCUCUUCUUCAUCUUUCUAAACAUUCUUUCAAUCCAGUUUCCGAAUCAAGAACUCACCAUUAAAGCGAAAUCAGCAGAAAAGCUCAGAAAUAAGUUCCGCUAUACUCGAAGGAAAGAUGACGGUUGACGAUGAAAAUUCCAUAUAUGUUGGAGGCCUUCCUUACGAAUGCACUGAACCUCAGCUUCGUCGUGCUUUUGAAUUGUACGGCUCCAUUGUCUCUGUCAAGAUAAUUAAUGAUCGUGUUGUGGGAGGAAAGUGUUUUGGCUUUGUCACUUUCAAAAAUCCAAGAUCAGCGAUUGAGGCCAUCAAUGAGAUGAAUGGUCGAAAAAUUGGUGGUCGAGUAGUCCGAGUAAAUGAAGUGACAACAAGAGUUGCUGGUGCGAGAUCUAACCAAGUCCGUGAAAGUUUUCAACGCAAUCAAAGGCAUUGGGAUAAGGGUAGGGGCAGGGGUAGGGGGAGACAAAGGGAGAAUGACUAUGAUAUGGAGAGAAAACAUAGUCGUUCUCAUGAAGAUGAUAGAGAAUGGGAAAGAAGGCGCUUCUACUCUCGGGAUCGCGAUCACUCUCGGGAUCGUAAUCUCUCUAGAGAUCACUUUCAAGGAAAAAGUCAAGGUCAAAACAGGGACUUUGGGGAAUGGGAAUGGGAAGAAGGACAUGAUGGAGAAAGGGAAAGUAGGCACACCUGCUCUCGUGAUCGUGAUCACUCUAGAGAUCAUUUCCAAGGAACAGAUCGAGGUCAAAGAAGGGAUUUUGGGGAAUGGGAACGGGUACAAGGACAGGCACAUAGCAAAAACUCUGAUCAGGAUUCGGAAAGAGCUGGUGAUUUGAAUGCUACCCAAGAUAGAGAGUUUGAUGGAGUUCGUGAUCCUGAUAUAAGGAUGGACAAGAACGAUUACCAGCAUACACAGAGGAAGAACAGAUCCAGUAGUUUUGAGCAGCAAAGUAAGGAAUUUUCAUCUGAAUCAAGUGAUUGUCAAUUCCAGGUGGAAGAGCAAUUGGGUUCCUUAAUCAAAAGACGUGAUGAGCUUCGGAAAGAGACAUUUGAAAUGGAGCAGAGUUUAGAACAGAAGAAACAACUAACAGCUGAUUUGAAGAAAAGAUCCCUGAAAUUGGAAGAUUUAUUGGCAUCUGCCAAAAAACUGUCUUCAGCACGUCAGAUGCAAUUGACCGAGUUAUAUAGAAGUUUCCAGCAAGUGAAGGAGCACGGAGAAAAACUGAGAAGUUCUGAAGAGGAACUCCAGGAUCUUGUUGAUUCAUUGAGCAUAGAAGUUGAGGUAGGUGGUGAUCUUGAAGAAAAAGAUGUGUAUCUCACAAAUGGCAACCUCAAGAAGCCUCUCUUAGGGGCUUCUAAUCAUGUAUAGACAACAACAAUUCCAAAACCUUAAUGCUGUUAACUGCAAAAUUACACAAGCUCUCUUGCUGUUAAACCUCCAUGUAUAUAAUUCUAUAUGCAUUAGAGAACUUCACUUUCCUUU